AUGGACCAAACACAUGCUCGGGCGCUGGAAGCCCUUCAGCCAUUCAUCGCCCUGGCGACCUCCAACAGUGCCACCUCGCCGCGCUUCAUUAGCAAUAUCAUCACCAAUGCGACAUCCGCUCCCAACACCUACGUCUUUGCCGAGCUUCUCGAAACAACCACCGUUCAGGCUCUUGGCUCUCCCGACACGCCAGUGGAGUAUCAAGCGUACUUGAAGCUCUUGGAGAUCUUUGCCUGGGGCACAUGGCAGGACUACCAGGAAACACCUAACCUCCCCGAGUUAAGCGCUGAUCAAGCCCUCAAGCUCCGACUGCUCUCCCUCCUUUCCCUCGCCGCCACCACCAAACCCCUAACGUACCAAUCUCUAAUCAAUGCCCUAUCCCUCUCCACUGCCGCCGACCUUGAAGCGCUUGUGACAACCGCCAUCUACGCCAACUUGAUCUCUGCCCGUCUGUCUCCCGCCUCCAACCCACCCACCGUCAACGUCACAUCCGUGGCUUCUCUCCGGGAUGCACCCCCGCAUUCCCUGCCGUGGAUGGUCACCAUCCUGACCGAGUGGGAGUCCCGAUGCGGACAAGUCAUCACCGGCUUGGAAGCAGAGAUCGUCCGGGUCAAGACCAAUGCGCAGAAACGCCAUGCGAAAGAUCAGGUCUACCAGGAACAGGUGGCCGGAGCCGUGCAGCGGCGACAGGCUCAGGCGGGUCCCGGGGACGGAGGGAGUGGCGCAGACGGACGAGUCGGUAAGUCCGGCAUGGGGCGAGGUGCAGUGCGAUCAACGACGAUGGGACUCGGGCGCAAUAAACGUGAAGCUGAUGAUUUCGAUGAGCAUGAUGGUUUCGAAUCGGAUAAUGGGGAUAAUGCCUUCCGCAUGGAUAUCGAUGAAGGCGCCGGUUUGGGCCGUGCGGGGAAUCGACAGACGAAGCGUGUGGUGGGCCGGAGAACUUAG